AUGCUUGGAGUCGAUCGAAAGAAAAACAUAAUAAUGCAGCAGGCCUGUGACUCAUGUCGACUACGGAAAAUGAAAUGCUCAAAAGAAUAUCCUCAGUGCUUGAAGUGCAAAGAGCAUGCAUGGAAUUGUGUAUACUCUCCGAGGAGGAUAAGGACCCCAUUGACAAGAACAUACGUUUCAAAGGUUGAGAAGAGAGCUCAAAACUUAGAAAAGUUAUUGAAAAGGAUCUUACCUGAGGACGUUGAAAUAAAUGAUUUACUUCGAACCCAAAAUAAUAGUGCUUGUGAAAGUAGCGAAGAUUUUAAUGAAGAUGAUGGGAUAAGCAAUAAGUUUUAUAAACAGAUUAAUUUGACGACAGAGGAGUUGCGUCAAGUUCCAAUAACGUUAAAAAAUAUAGAUAAGAUUAGCCAGAAGAAAGCUAAGGAAACGCGGAAUGAAAAGCGAUUGGAGUAUCAACCUGAGGAUUAUUUAAUCAAUAUACGAGAGAGUGAUUUGAAUUCUUUUGACGAAAGAGGGGAAAUUAUUAACAAAUCAGAAGUAUUAUAUGAUUCUAGUAUUGAUGGCAUGGCUGCAUUGUCAAAUGAUACUGGCCUUAACUUUGACUUAAGUAAUUCGAAUGGCUAUUUUGGGAUCAACUCAAGUAACGGGUUAUUGAAAUUUUUGCAAGUCAAGUCUGAAAAAAAUGGGAACAGUAUCUUAGAGUUGAAUCUGAAUAACAGCAAUGACCAGAUUGAAUAUGAUGACCAAGAUUAUGAGGAAAACUAUAUUUUGGAUGAGGAUAUUAGUGUUAUUUGGAAAAGUAUUAAAAGUGGUAAAAUAGAUGACUUACUAGAUAACCUUGAAUUCCAAGCAAUCGUUAUCGAUUCAUUCUUCGAAACGUAUUAUAAUGUGUACCCUUUCAUUAACAAAAAAAAUUUCUUUACCCAGUAUGCAAAGUUCAAAAACACGACGGAAUUAGUGAAUUAUAUGUACUCUGAUGAAUUCAAUGACUAUGACUCGCGGCUUCUAAGCUUUCAGGUUUUGCUCAACACAAUUUUGGCUAUAGGAGUGUGGUGCAAAAUUGGUGAAAACUCUAAUCUUCAUUAUUUUUACUAUCAGAGAGUAAGGAGCCUCAUACAGCAUUUGAACAUUUUCGAAUAUAGUGAUAUCAAUUUGUUGGAAAGUUUUGUGCUAUUGAGUAAUUAUGUACAGAAAACUAACAAACCCAAUACGGGAUGGAGUUAUCUAGGGUUAUCUACAAGAAUAGCUACAAGCUUAGGUUUACAUAAAGAAGUCAAGGUAGAUGUUGACACAUUUACAUCUGGUACAGACCACAAUGACUCUCUAAACUUGAAGUUAUUCGAAAACAUAGAGGCUCGAAAACGUCUUUGGUGGGGCAUGUAUUUUUUUGACGUUGGUACGACGUUGACUUUCGGAAGACCGCUUACUAUUCCACCGCUUGCUACUAUUGACUUGGGUCCUGUUUCAAACGUAGAUGAUAAAAUAUUGAGUAAGGGUGCAAGUAUUAAAGAUUCUAUCGUCCAUUACCCAACUAUUUACACCACUUUGAUUUAUGAAUCAGAGCUAACUAAGAUAUCAACUAGAAUCUACAAUUACAACUCUUCAGUUUUGAAGUUGAAAAAUGAUAAAUCCAAGAUGAUAGGAUUGUUAGAGAUGAACGAACUUCUAGUAGAUUUUGUUAAGGCGCUACCGAUUUAUUUCAAUGAAGACGAGCAAAUAUCCAAGGAAGGAAUAUUGGCUGACUGGCGAUAUUCUGACUACAACGACUCAAAAAAUCCCAUUCCACCUUGGCUCUCAUUAUCUAGAUUAAGAUUGAUCUGCAGGUAUAAAAACUUAAGAAUUUUGAUAUUUAGGUAUAUCUUAUGGGAGUCUGUAUACGAAAAGGAACAAGACGCUGCCUAUUUAAACUUGAUAAAAAAAUGCCAUCAAGUGUGUUUCGAUUCUGCGAUCGAGACAAUAAGUUUAAUCGACACUUAUAUAAACAAUUAUCAAUUAGACUAUUUGUCUUCUUGGUAUGCUACUUAUUUUUUGUUCCAGGCCGUCUUAAUUCCUAUCUUACAACUGGUGAUUAACUAUAACGCUUUAGCAGGAGCCAACGGCCAAGAUGAGACAAACUUUUCUCAAGAAGCGGAAUUAUUUAAAUUCAUCGACAUUGCAAAGUUCAACUUCGAUAAAUUAAAGAGAUUUAAUAAAUUGGCUGGAAAGUUUAGAAAAUUGAUAGACUCUUUGGUUUCUGGCAAGAAAAUCAUUGAGCAUUCUGCCGAUAAUUUCAAUUGGUAUUGGGACGAUGUUGAAAAGGGCCUUGAAAUGUUCGGAAACUUGGACGAGAACUUUGACUCUAAUUUUUAUGUACAAUAA